UAAAAGGCUGCAAGUGGUGAACGGCUAACGCAGAGAAGAGGAGAAGUCUAGUGGAGCUGCCGUUGCAGAGACAGCGUCAUGGGGAGAGCUGCCCAGCAAACCCUCCUCGCUUUAUUCUGUCUAGCAGCAGCGGUUUGUAAGGCUGAGGAUGAGGCACAAACAGAGGUGAAUUCAAAGUGCUGUGGAAUUCCUGGACCACGAGGACUUCCUGGAUUUCCAGGAUUAAGUGGUCGUCCAGGGCUCCCUGGGGCACGAGGACCACCAGGGGAAAAAGGACAACCAGGAUUUCCUGGCGCCCCUGGACUGAUGGGAAUGCCUGGUCGUCCAGGGAUGCCUGGAGCACCAGGAGAACCAGGGAUGCCUGGACCACGAGGACCACCAGGGGCAAGAGGAACAAAAGAUGAUCCUGGGAGCUCUGGACUGAAAGAGGAGGAGCUGGCAGACCUGCUGUGUAAAAAGGGCCCGAGGAGCUGCAAGGAGCUGUUGGCCAGAGGGAACACGCUGAGCGGCUGGUACACCGUUUACUCUUCGGCCUGCACUGCCAUGACUGUGCUGUGUGACAUGGCCACAGAUGGAGGCGGAUGGACUGUUUUCCAGAGACGGGUGGAUGGUUCAGAGGAUUUUUUCCGUGACUGGGACUCAUACAAGAGAGGUUUUGGCAACCAGCAGAUGGAAUUCUGGCUGGGGAACGACAACAUUCACCUGCUAACAUCUCAAGGAAAUAAUGAGCUGCGCAUCGACCUCGUGGAUUUUGAAACUGAGAAGUAUUUUGCCAAGUACAAAUCAUUCCAAAUUUUAGGAGAAUCUGAGAACUAUAAGCUGCUUCUGGGAGACUUUCUCAAUGGCACAGCAGGUGAUGCCUUAACCUACCAUAGGGACAUGAUGUUUUCAACCAAAGACCGCAACAAUGGUCUGAAUUCAGUUAACUGUGCUGUGUCCCACGAGGGAGCCUGGUGGUUCAAGGACUGCCUGCAGUCCAACCUGAACGGGAGAUAUUUGCCGGGAGAACACAAAACCCCUCAUCACGGUGUGUUCUGGAGCACAGGGAAAGGGGACCAAUAUUCCCUUAAACGCUCUGAAAUGAAAUUCAGGCCUGUUUAGCAGGGUGAGGGGCAGCUGCAUGUCCUUGUCUCACAGGAAUCAUUCCGCAGCUGCGUCUGGACGUUCCUGCUGGAAAUAAAGCUAUUCCCCAACAGUAAA